AGCUGCGAAGUGAAAGUGGUUUAAAAGACAAGUUUUACGCUGUCAUUUUAUACUGAUGUGUGUGUGACAUACAUUUCACUUGUAAAGUAAAGAGAAUUGAAAUGUUUGGGGAAUGUCCAUGAUUCGUUUUCAUUAUUUCAGUGGCUUUUAAAAUCCGGAAGGAGUGAAGCAAACAGAACUCUUACGUGUUUUCUAUCGACAACAUGGCUGUAUGAUAGAUAAACAGAAUACCCGUUAUUGUCAAUAACAGGACAAAUAUAACAAAGAGGGUUGGAAUUAUAAUUUUAGGCUUGUUGGUUGUAACAACGUCUGUUUUUUCACUAGAAUGUUAACUUUUGCGAAGGCUAAACUAGCAGUGCUCGGGAUAAUACGGCAGUGUGUUGCGCUGAGGGCACUCAAUGGAGCGCAAGCGGUGCGUAGAGGAUUCGCGUCCACCGAACGAGAUGAGAAAUCCAGCACUUCUGAAAACGAGCUCUUUGACAUUAUAAUAUCUGGCGGGGGAAUGGUGGGCACCGCUAUGGCGUGUUCUUUGGGUCUAGAUCCAAAUUUGGCAGGGAAAAAGAUCCUUCUGCUGGAAGCUGGUCACAAAAAAGAGAUGGACAAGGUUCCAGAGACCUACAGUACAAGGGUCAGCUCCAUCAGCCCAGGCUCAGCAGCUCUUCUUAGUGGUCUUGGUGCUUGGGACCAUAUUGUAAAUAUGAGAUGCAAGCCAUAUAAUAAAAUGCAGGUUUGGGAUGCUUGUUCAGAUGCCCUGAUUACAUUUGAUAAGGAGAAUCUGCAGGACGAGAUGGCAUACAUCGUUGAGAACGACGUCAUUGUGGCUGCCCUCACCAAACAGCUGCAGACUCUCUCUGACCAUGUUGAAGUGCAGUACCGAACAAAAGUGGUGAAGUACACCUGGCCCCAUCCUUACCAUGUCUCGGAGUCCAUCCCUUGGGUUCAGGUGACUCUUGCUAAUGGAAAGACUCUUCACACCAAGCUAUUGAUUGGUGCUGAUGGGCCGAACUCAAUGGUGCGGAGAGAGGCUGGCAUCCCAACUGUCAAAUGGAAUUACGAUCAAUCAGCAGUUGUCGCUGUUCUGCAUUUGUCUGAGCCCACAGAAAAUAACGUAGCCUGGCAGAGGUUCCUACCAACCGGACCCAUUGCAAUGCUUCCUUUGUCAGACACGGAGAGCUCACUGGUCUGGUCCACCAGUCAUCAGCAUGCUGAAGAACUUCUACAGCUGGAUGAAGAGAGCUUUGUGGAUGCCAUUAACUCUGCAUUUUGGAGUAAUGAGAACCAUUCUGAGCUGGUGGAGACUGCCGGCUCUCUGUUUCGGACGGCCCUUUCUGUCCUGAUGCCUGACAGUGGCUCUGCACGUCAGCUUCCACCUAGCGUUGCCGGUAUUGGCCCAAAGAGCCGGGUCGUGUUCCCCCUAGGCAUGGGCCAUGCCACAGAAUACAUCCGCCACAGAGUGGCCAUCAUUGGAGAUGCUGCACACAGAGUCCAUCCUUUAGCAGGCCAAGGUGCCAAUCUAGGCUUUGGCGAUGUGGCCUAUCUCACAAAAGUUCUUAGCCAAGCAGCAUUUAAUGGAAAAGACCUUGGAGCCAUGCAGCACUUGUUGGAGUUCGAGACUGAACGUCAGCGACACAAUCUUCCUAUGAUGGCAGCGGUUGACCUCAUGAAGAGACUUUACUCCACUAAUGCCGCCCCUUUGGUUCUAUUGAGAACCUUCGGCCUGCAGGCUACCAACGCACUGCCUCCAUUUAAAGAGCAGAUCAUGGCCUACGCCAGCAAGUAAAACACCAACUGCAUACUGGAUGUUUGCUGGAUCUCUAAUGUUAGAAGAUUUUGUUUAUGAAGUGUUUGUAUAAAUUAAUAAAAUUAUAUUUUAUUCCUCUGUCUUCAUAGGAAAACAUUUUUAUGCCAUCUUUUCCAGUCACCCAUAUGAAGAUGUACUGUAACUACUACUCUGCUGACUUUACUAAUAGAACAGAAAUGUGCAUGUGUACCAAACAAAUUUCAUAAAUCUAUAUAUUGAUUUAUAUUUCAUAAAUAAUAAAUCUAUUUGGUCGUAA